AUGGCACUCCCAGAAGCCACCCUAGCUUCAGUAGCUGAAUUGCUCUACUACAUUCCCUCCGCUCCUCUUCUCGCCCUGUCCGGCCGCCAGCACCAGUUAGUUGGAGACGCUGAUGGGAACAAUCGUCCAUUAUCAGGCCACAGCCCGGCGACAUUGUUUGUUCUCGCUUCCACAAGUGAGCUGAAUGCCGGCCACUUGGCCGAUCAAGUUGACAAUUGGCUGAAACACGACGAUGUCUUCGUCUCUGAAUUUUUAAGCUCCGUAUAUCUGCUCGUCACCGAUGCAGAGGGUCCGCGAUUUGACAAUGAAGUCGAAUUGAAAGCUUUACUGAAGACAUGGAGCACCCAAAGAGCGUUCACUCUUACCCCAAGGGACAUUUUACCUUCAGAUUCUAUGACACUCUGCCGCUCUGGCCCAUACUUCUCUUCCUCAGAUGGCCUUCGUCCAGCUUGGCGGCUUUUUGACGACUCAAAUGGCGCCUUUAUGUUUCCUGUAGUACCGAGAAAAGAAAGCUCAAGAACGUUUGCUAUUCCAGGGACAGCUGGUAUUCCGGUACCGAGCCGGCUGUUCUACCAAAGUCCAUCGCCUGCGAAACCGCUCUCGGGCAUGAGAGUUGUCAUCAAGGAUAACAUUGACAUGGCUGGGGUUCCCACAUCCGCCGGAAACAGAGCUUAUCGAGAAUUGUACGGAGUGAAACAUAAGAAUGCCGAGGUCAUUGACCGAUUGCUUGAUGCUGGAGCCGUCAUUAUAGGCCGUGUGAAGACAGUUCAGUUUGCCUCGGGGGGAAAUGCGAGAGAUUGGAUUGACUACCAAGCCCCCUUUAACCCUCGCGAGGAUGGAUAUCAAGACCCAAGCUGUAGCAGUGCUGGAAGUGCAACAGCAAUUUCUGCGUACAGUUGGGUCGAUGUUGCUUUGGGUACAGACACUUUUGGUAGUGUCAUCGGUCCAGCGUCCGAGCAUGGGUUGUUCGGUCUGCGUCCUACGCUAGGCGCAGUUUCUACACGCGGUGUAGUCCCUCAAUCGCGGGAGCUGGACACGGUGGGCUUCUUCACCCGGACUGCGAAGACGGCAACGGCAGCCAUUAAUGCAAUAACAAGCAUAGACAUUACGAAAAGGUUUUGCACGGCCAAAGCACAACUGCUGUAUCCUGUUGACUUCUUUUCAAACUGGCCUAAUGGGUAUCUCUCCACUGUAGAGCCUGUGAUUUUAAAGCUUGAGUCAUUUUUAAAUGUGAAGAGGACCAAAGUUGAUAUUAGAGCUCAGUUUAAGGAAAGAAAGGUUGCAGAUGGCAAAAAAAUAGAAGAUUAUCUCGAAACGACUGUCGCACAUAUUCAACUAUACGAUUGCUACCAUAACUGUCUACCUUUGCUCGAGGAAUACAAGCAGAAGUUCAAUAAGACGGCCUUCGCAGACCCAUACAUACAAUACAAAUGGGCUUUGGGAAAGGCAUUGACAGAGAAUCAGUACCAGGAAGCAAUUCAGCAAAGAGACAUUUUUAGGGACUGGAUGUCUUCUGAAAUUCUUCCUCCCCCAAUUGGGGGCAGGGAUUUUGACACAAUUCUGCUCAUGCCAAAUGGAUAUAUGGAUCCUUUCGAUAGACAUCAGUACGACGGAUCUACCCUUGAGGAAGGUGCUCGCCGAAAGCAAGGUUUUGGCUUCAAAGAUAGCUUCGUAACGGCCCUCCCGGGUUUCCCAUUCUUUAAUGUCCCCGUCGGGCAGUUCCCAUAUAAGUCAUUGGUUAGCAAUCGUACUGAAUUCCUUCCUAUUAAUAUCGCCUUUAUGGGACCAAGAGGUUCGGAGGUGGCAUUAUUGCAGAUUAUCGAGGAGUUCCUUCAAUCAUCGCCAGAACUUCAUAUCACGGUUUAUACUGGGAGCACCCCAUUUCCUUCGCAAAAAGGCAUCACGCCGAAUGUAUCAUUGUAG